CGGAUUCUGGUCUUGUCUUCCUCGCAAAUGAAACCCUAGAAUCUCCGAAGCUCGUCGUCUCCACAGCACUAUCCUCACUUUCUCAGUAACAGUAUUAGAGUUGAAGAAGUUUUUGGUGUGACUAUAAUUAUGGAGGGGCAAAGCAGUAGCCAUAACAAUCCUAUGCAAGUGAUGCCAUUUAAUGUCGGCAAUGAUGUUUCUCAUGUGGGUGAGGAUGUUCAAAGCCAACGCAUUCUCAUGGCAUCUGGAAGGAAUUGGGGCCAUAAUGAUAUUUCUGUGAAUGUACCUUGGUGGAUUAAUCAACCCCAAGAAGCGUCUCACAACUAUGUCAAGUUUCUAGCAGAGAGCUCUGCAUUUCUUCAGAUGAAUAAUAAUAAUAAUCCUUCUGAGGAUAUGAUGAUGUUGGAGAGCCUCUCCUUACCUGUUAGUGGGACAUAUGCUGUUUCUGGGGUCUCUGAUUUCCAAAUAGAUAUGUCUUACAACCACCUGGGACAGGCUUGUGACUCUACUAGAUCUACUGAAAUUGAUGCUUGGCAGUCAAGACUUCUGAUGCCGCACAAUGAAAAUACGGACAUCAAAUUCACAAGUGCUCAACAUCAGAUCCAUGCUCAAGAUCAUGCUUACUGGACGCAAAUCUCAAAUGGGGACAGCUAUAAUAACGUUUCUCGAGCUGAUAUUCCAAGAACUGCAAGAGUUGCUUCACCUAAGUCUCUGUCCCAACCCCAUUCCUGUGCAUCAAAACCAAAAACCAACACAACUGAUCGUCAGCAACGCAGGAUGCGAAUCUCUGACAGACUUAGCUCAUUGCAAGAACUGCUCCCAAGUUCUGUGGAGGGCUGUCAACUAUCUAUACUGGAUGAUGUCAUUGACCAUGUCAAAAGUUUGCAGCUACAAAUAAAGGAUAUAUGCAGAAGCAGAUUGGAAGGUGAAUCAGAAACUGAGGCCAUCAUUUUCCGCGAGGGAUUUGGUCACUACCUCGGUGAGCAACAGAUGUCGAAUGAACCUCUUGAAGAGAUGAUAGGGAAAUUGCUGGAGCUAAAUCCACUGGAUGCUAUCCAGCUGCUGGAGAUGAAGGGUCUUCUUCUCAUGCCCAUUGAAUUCACAAAAGGAUUAGUCUGAGGCUGAGCCACAUCUAGGCACACCCACAUUUUUAUCAUCAUGCUUCUCUUUUCCUUGGUUUCUUACCAGAAACUUGCAUAACAAAGUCUACCAACUCUUUUACACUGAUAUGAGUUCCCCAAUAUAUUGAGAAAGAUAAAAAAAUAUCCCAGAUUUUGUUCUUGUUUUCUCCACAAUUUUGCAUCUAAUUGGCCAUGAGGCAGGCAUAUGGGAAGCAAGUCAAAACUGCUUGCUGCUUUGGCUUGUAGAAAUA